GUGCUCAAGCCCGAGCAGCCAGAGAAGUAUGGCGGAGAAGCCAAUGCUCAGACAUUCCACAAAUUCAUGCGUCAGUGUGUGGAGUAUAUUCGUGGGUACACUGUAGACUCACAAAUGUACGCCUCAACAAUAUCCAACUUCCUCACUGGAAGAGCUUACACCUUCUGGGUCAACACCGUGUCCAAUAACCCUGCCGAGUGGACGCUGGAAGACCUGUUCAAGGAACUGUUCAAUUACUGUUUUCCAGUAGACUAUCGCCUGCAGAUGGGCGAGAAAUUGCGGAACACUUACCAGGGAGGACGUAGUGUACGUGACUACGUUCAUGAGCUUGAGAACUUGUUUCUGCUCGUAGGAUUUGUCUCGGACCGAGAACGAGUAGACAAGUUGUGGAACGGCUUGAAUGAGAGCAUACAGCGCGAAUUGUGGAAGAAAGAACUCACCCCCACCACGUCUACCUGGUCUGAGGUC